GAUGACGAACUCAGUCAGAUGAAACAUAGCCCACAGGCAUUCGAUACCACUCGUACCUUUCCGUAACCUUGAAAUAGGCUCGUCCCGGAAAGGCCCGAGCUGGUCACGACUCUAUCGAAGCAUGACGACCAUAUACAUGCUUACACGCUCGUCAAACGUCGACCUGUUUUAAGUGUGUUCCACGUGUUGUCUCGCACAGCCAUGGGCAUGCUGGACGAAUUGCGGAAGGUGUAUUCUCAGGCCAUAAUUGAGACACUUGUGACACCCGUCCUUGGAGCCGCAGGGGAAGUAGAUGAACUGAAAGGCUUGGUAUUGUCCGGCUUAGUUGAUUUUGAAGAUCGGGUGAAGCAGUGUGGCGAGAUUGAUGAUGGCGGCAUGGAAACGGUCGAGCUGGAUUUAUCUCCCUUUGAAACCUUCAAACACAGACUCCGAGAUAUGGAAGAUUACUUGAAGCACAAGUUUAGGGAGCGUACCACGUCGAGGCAGACUUCUUUGUUCAACGGAAGUUCAAACAGUAGCGAUUCAGAGUCGGACACAGCGAGGCAGGCCCUCAGACAGUGCUACCCCCGUCUCGUGGAGGGCCUGAGGCUUAACGGAACGCUUCUGGACCAGUUGAUCCAGGACAACUGCCUGGACGACAGUGAUGUUGAGAGUAUUCGCACCAAACCAACAGACAGGCGUAGAAACGAGCAGUUACUGCGACUCAUCUCAACACAGGUCUCCCCGGACAAGAUCGUCGAUGUGUUUGUUCCAGCGUUACGGGCCGAGCAAGCUCACUUAGCGGACAUGUUUUGCCAUGCUUUCCAAGAAAUCGGUUUCCCUGCUAUAAAACAGUGUCCGUAUUGCAGGCUUACUGGAACGGUUGAACCCAAAGGCGUUGCCGAAGCGUUGUAUAGUAAGAACCGUAUUUUGGAAAAUAGUUUGCGGGACCUGAUAAACCCAUCCUUGUCUACCACUGAGAAGUGGAAACUGAUUUUGGACUUGAUACAAGACGCCACUUUCAUCAUUGACGCUUUAGAGAAUACUUGUAGUGAGUUGUACCAUGAGCUGAAGGCUCUGGACGGAACUGCGCAGAUACACUGGUGCACGUGCAGCCGUGAUAACGUUUCAACCAUCAGCACUCCAGCUUAUAACGACACCGUCAGCGUGUUUGACGGGACGCCAACUCUUACACCAAGUGUCCCUGCGUACCCAAUGAAGUCAUCCACUCGGGGUAUAUGCGCAAUCAUCAACAACUCCGACACCCACGCUGCUGAUACCCAAAAGGUGGACGACCUCUUUACAAGACUUGGUUUCACUGUUGAAAGGAUCACGAAUCUGACAAAGCGACACAUUGUUCAUAGACUUGAGGAGAUCGCAUGUAGAGACCAUUCCUCACACGACGCGUUUGUGUGCGCCAUUCUACUCGGCGGGACUGAAAAAGACCACGUGUGUGACAUCAGCAUGGAGUCCGUUCACAUCGCCUACCUGGUCAAGCCAUUUCGGGCUCUCAGUUGCAGGACACUUGCAGGAAAGCCCAAGGUGAUUUUGAUACCGUAUGGUUCCGGGCUCCGGCGCCAGGCAGGUCUGGUGAUCAAGGAGGCUGUGCCCCAUUCGCUUCUGGAGACCCGGAGGACUGUUGUGCCCGAUGACGCAGACAUCUUGUAUGCACGUGGCACUCCUCCUGGUUAUCAUACCUCCCACUGCAAGACCACCGGCUCCUGGUACCUCAAUAACCUCGUUGAGGUCAUGGACAGCCAUUCGGACACCACGGACUUCGUCACGUGCUUGGGGAUGGUUAAUGAAGGAGUUGGUAGAGUGGAAUACACAAAGCUUGACGUCACUUACACACAGACUACACACAUCAUGAGUACUCUCAAGAAAGCUCUUUAUUUCACGAAACGCCCAAGGUCAAGGUCAAGGUCAGUGCAAGAGGAAUCUGACCAUGGGCAAGAGCACAGUAAUCGCUCUGAUGUGGAGGCCAAACUGUGAGUGUCAUUGACCACUUCCUGUGUGAUGCAUGAAUGGAGCUGAUGUGAUACAUCGGUGAUGGAUGGACGUGGUUGCAGACUGAACUCUGUGUGAUUUCUGGAUGAAGUUAAGGUGAACUCUGGAUGAGCUGGAUCAGUUAACCUCGAAUUCAUCAUUUGUGACUUCAUUAUAUCUGGAUUACGUUGAAUAGCCCUGUGUAAUAUCCUGAUUAACCCCUUCGUGUGAAUUCUGUUAACCCUAGAUGACUGGCCUCUGUGUAGACAUGGCGUAAACCUGGUGUGAUUCGUACGUAAAUUCUGUUCGAUUUCUCCAGAACGAGGCUCGGGUUCUAUAUCCGGUGAUAUUCUGAGCAAAAACGAACUAAAACAGUAAUUAACAAGGGAAUGCUCCCAGAGCUCUCCAGAUUUCUGUAAUCAACAUAGACCCUUUCAAAAUGUUGAUGAUGGCCUUCAAAUGAUAUUAACACGUAUUUAAACAUUAUGCAUGUAAAUAUCUUGAAAAGGACAAUUUCUGAAAACAGGUCGAUUUUGUUGUCGAAGGUUCCAACAUUUACUUUAGUAUUGCGCAUUAGUAUUAUGUAUAUAUGUGCAAUACUCGACAUGUCAGUUAUGGGCGAUAAUAUAUGUUCAAGGAAAACAUUACUAAAACGCCUCAAACACUU